CUAAUCAUCUUGUUUAAUCCCGCCCCUUUUCACAGCGCCGUACGACAGAAUUUCGCACUCACAAAGCCCAGUGUGACCGCAGCUUCAAACAGGAGGAGGAGGAGCUGGAGCUCAAGAUCCCCCUCGUUUGAGUUCAAGUGGCUCUGCAGUGAGCAGCGUCUCACCACUAGCGCCAUCAGGAUCAGCAGGAUACCUGUAGAGAAGGAAGAAGCCUUUACAGAUAACGGAGAUGUCUGAAAUCAACACUGCUUACUGGAGGAGCUGAUAAAGAUUUUCCCAUGGGACGGAGCGGCAAAAUUCCAGAGGUGUGGAAAUGUUCAGAAAGAGACCUCCCCCAGAGGAGGAAAGGAGAGUCCGAGCCAACGAUAGAGAGUACAAUGAAAAAUUCCAGUACGCUAGCAACUGCAUCAUGACCUCAAAGUACAACAUCAUUACCUUCUUACCAGUCAACCUGUUUGAGCAGUUCCAGGAAGUUGCCAAUACCUACUUCCUGUUUCUCCUCAUACUGCAGUUGAUUCCACAGAUUUCCUCAUUGUCCUGGUUCACCACCAUUGUGCCUUUAGUGCUGGUGCUGAGCAUCACUGCAGUAAAAGAUGCCACCGAUGACUAUUUUCGUCACAAGAGUGACAACCAGGUGAAUAACCGUCAAUCUCAGGUCCUCAUCAGUGGCAUUCUUCAAAAGGAGAAAUGGAUGAAUGUCAGAGUGGGUGACAUCAUCAAACUGGAGAACAAUCAGUUUGUGGCAGCUGACCUGCUCCUGUUGUCCAGCAGUGAACCUCAUGGCCUCUGUUACAUUGAAACUGCAGAGCUGGAUGGCGAGACGAACAUGAAGGUGCGUCAGUCUCUGUCUGUUACCUCAGAGUUGGGAGAUCCCAAUAAUCUGGCCCAGUUUGAUGGAGAAGUGGUGUGUGAGCCUCCCAACAACAAGCUGGACCGUUUCUGCGGGACGCUGUACUGGAGAGAGUGUAAAUACCCACUCAGCAACCAGAACAUGCUGCUCCGCGGUUGCGUGCUGCGCAACACUGAGAGCUGCUACGGCCUCGUCAUAUUCGCUGGUCCUGACACCAAACUAAUGCAGAACAGCGGACGGACAAAGUUCAAGCGAACCAGUAUAGACAGACUGAUGAAUACACUGGUGUUGUGGAUUUUUGGGUUCCUGGUUUGCAUGGGAGUGAUCUUGGCCAUAGGAAAUGCAGUUUGGGAGAAGGAAGUUGGUGCUUUGUUCCAAAGUUUUUUACCCUGGGAUCCUCCAGUGGACAACUUCCUGUUCUCUGCAUUCCUGUCCUUCUGGUCCUACGUCAUCAUCCUCAACACAGUGGUGCCAAUUUCACUCUAUGUCAGUGUGGAGGUGAUUCGUCUGGGUCACAGUUACUUCAUUAAUUGGGACCGGCGGAUGUUCUGCAGUCGCAGUAACACGGCAGCAGAGGCCCGGACCACCACACUGAAUGAAGAGCUGGGACAGGUGGAGUACAUCUUCAGCGACAAGACAGGAACACUCACCCAAAACAUCAUGACCUUCAACAAGUGCUCCAUCAACGGCCACGCAUACGGUGAAGUAAUGGACGUUCUGGCUGCUCAGCAAAAGAGGGUGCAGCCGCUGGACUUCAGCUCGUGGAACCCCUUGGCCGAUCGGGGUUUCUGUUUCUAUGACCAGUCUCUGCUGGAGGCUGUGAUGGUAGGAGACCCGGCGGUCCACGAGUUCUUCAGGGUCUUGUCUCUCUGCCACACGGUCAUGAGCGAGGAGAAGAGCGAGGGCGAGCUGGUGUAUAAGGCUCAGUCUCCAGAUGAAGGGGCUUUAGUAACUGCUGCCCGAAACUUUGGUUUUGUGUUUCGCUCUCGCACACCUGGCACAGUCACCACACAAGAGCUGGGCAAAGCGGUUACUUACACACUCCUCGCCAUCCUGGACUUCAACAACAUCCGCAAGAGAAUGUCUGUCAUAGUGAGGAAUCCUGAGGGCCGUAUUCGUCUGUACUGUAAGGGUGCUGACACUGUGCUUCUAGAGAGACUUCACUCUUGCAACCAUGAAGUAAUGACCAUCACAUCAGACCACCUGAAUGAGUAUGCAGGUGACGGGUUGCGGACUUUGGCAGUAGCAUAUCGGGAUCUGUCAGAGGAGCAGUGGGACGAGUGGUCAGAGCGAUUUCGUGGAGCUGAUAAAGCCACAGACUGCAGAGAAGACCGACUCGCUGCUGCUUAUGAGGAGAUAGAACAGGAUAUGAUGUUAUUGGGGGCCACAGCUAUAGAAGAUAAACUGCAAGAGGGGGUUCCUGAAACUAUUGCCAUUCUCUCGCUGGCAAACAUCAAAAUCUGGGUGCUCACUGGAGACAAACAAGAGACUGCAGUGAACAUUGGUUACUCCUGUAAGAUGCUGACAGAUGACAUGACGGAGGUCUUCAUUGUUAAUGGACACACUGUUCAAAGCGUGCGUGAGGAACUGAGAAAAGCAAGAGAGCGGAUGCUAGAGUCAGCACGCACCAGAGACGGAGGGAAGGAAGCUGAAGCUCAGGGGUGGAGCGGCGCUUGUGCCUUUGGAAAUGGAUGUGGAGCUGCAGGUGCUGCUGCUGCAAACUGGACACCUGAUGAAAGUAAAUGUCCCCCUGCUCAGGCUCCGCCCUCCUCCUUACUGGAGUCAAUCAGUGGAGAGUUUGCCCUCAUCAUCAGCGGGCACAGCCUGGCUCAUGCUUUGGAAGCGGAUAUGGAGCGUGAGUUUUUGGAGACUGCGUGUGCCUGUCGAGCAGUGAUCUGCUGCAGGGUGACUCCUCUUCAGAAAGCUCUAGUUGUGGAAUUGGUCAAACGCCAUAAGAAGGCAGUCACACUCGCUAUUGGAGAUGGAGCAAACGACGUCAGCAUGAUAAAGACGGCUCACAUUGGUGUGGGCAUCAGUGGACAGGAGGGGAUUCAGGCUGUGCUGGCAUCAGAUUACUCCUUUUCCCAGUUCCGCUUCCUGCAGCGACUUCUGCUAGUGCACGGACGCUGGUCCUACCUGCGCAUGUGCCGUUUUCUCUGUUACUUCUUCUACAAGAACUUUGCCUUCACUAUGGUGCACUUUUGGUUUGGGUUCUUCUGUGGAUUCUCAGCACAGACUGUCUACGACCAGUACUUCAUCACUCUCUACAAUAUCGUAUACACAUCCCUGCCUGUAUUAGCCAUGGGCAUCUUCGAUCAGGAUGUUCCUGAACAAAGGAGUCUGGAGUAUCCGAAGCUGUAUGAGCCGGGUCAGCUGAACUUGCUGUUUAACAAGCGCGAGUUCUUCAUCUGCAUCGCUCAAGGAAUCUACACCUCUGUGGUUCUGUUUUUCAUACCCUACGGCGUUCUCUCUCACGCCACACAGAGCAAUGGAGUCCCUCUGGCAGACUAUCAGACUUUUGCGGUAACCACAGCAACGGCCCUCGUCAUCGUUGUCAGCGUUCAAAUUGCUCUGGAUACAGGCUACUGGACAGCUAUAAAUCACUUCUUUGUAUGGGGCUCUUUGGGUACGUACUUCACCAUCCUCUUCGUCAUGCACUCCAGCAUCCUGUUCAGCAUCUUCCCCAAGCAGUUCCAUUUCCUCGGAAGUGCUCAUAACACACUGGGGCAGCCAGUGGUGUGGUUAACUAUUGCUCUGGCAACCGUCAUCUGCAUUGCUCCAGUCCUUGCUUUCCGCUUCCUCAAACUGGACCUUAAACCUCAGCUCUCAGAUACCGUGCGCUACACUCAGCUGGUGCUGCAGAAGAAGCGAAAGCCUGGUGGGCGCGCGGCUCGUGGAGUGGGCAGCUCUGGAGCUGCCGGGGGCAGUGCUCUUGGUCGUUUGGGCAGAGGUGGAUCUCGACGCUCUGGUUAUGCGUUUGCCCAUCAGGAGGGCUUUGGCGAGCUGAUCACAUCAGGGAAAAAUAUGCGACUGAGCUCUCUGGCCCUUGCCACCUUUGCCUCCCGCCACAGCAGUAGCUGGAUCGAUACGCUCCGCAGGAAAAAACACACAAACAACACCGGGGCUCAGAACACCCCACCUACUGGAGAUGACAUCACCACCUCCUCUCAGGCUCCUCCCCUUUCCACAUCUUCCACACUAGAUGUUCACCAGGACUCAGCGGCAGGUGAUGCAGGACAGACGAGCAAUGAAGUGGUUUUCACGCACAGUCCUGAAGACAUCGCUCUCAGUGGGGUCAGAGACGCUGGAGGAUGUAGUGCUGGAAGUGUGCAGGAAUCCGCAUUUGUGUGGAAAGGAAUCGGAGCUCGUGUCAGUGGUGCCAACAGUCCUGGACCUCCUCCCAUUGAAGAAGAAACAUCCCAUGGCGAGUGAAUGAUGGAUCAACCAUGUGAAUGCCUUCACAUUGAUGCUCGCACCUUCUUGCGUGUGCUCAAGUUCCUGUUUGAGGACAUGGGCAGAGUGAAGACAGCGUCCCGACAGUUUGGGAGUACAAACGUGCUCGGAAUGAAAACACACAUGGAGAAAGAUGCAGAUACAGCAGACAGCACCAUGUGUUUCAAAUCUUUCUUUUCAUGUACUGUUCUCACUCUCCGAUUUGCUGUCAGUGAGGAGGAAGGAUUUGGUGUUAUUUGAGGAGUUUUGCAUUUUAAGUUAUCAGAGAGAUGACAAACCACUAGGGAUGUAACGAUUAACCUGACUCACGAUUCGAUACGAUUCACGAUACUAAUCUCACGA